CGAAAAACAUAUAGCAUACCAACUGAAAUGGGGGCUUCUCUAUCAGAGCUAGAGCAGCAGCACCAACAUCCUCUGGGGGCUUCUCUAUCAGAGCUAGAGCAGCAGCACCAACAUCCUCAAACACAUCAUCAUUCACAGUCACAGCAACAAAAAAAGCAUCACCAACCAAAAGAACCACCAAUCAAAACUAAGGUAAAACUACGAUUAUCUUCCACAGGGAAAAACUUGUUGCUGUCUCCUCAACAAAACAUAGAACCCUCCAGAAAGGUGGUACAAAAGGACCCAGCUGUAAAAGCCAAAUAUGAGACUCAAUCAGCACAACUAAGUUUUCCUCACAACUUUGAGCGCAUAUUAAGGGAUGCAGACUCACCAGUUGAUAGAUCUUCCAAGGAAAAGAUGUUUGAUGAACUACAUGAUGGUGUGUUAUUACAUGAUAAAACUCAGUUGUAUUGGGUUGAUAAGAAGACCAACGCCAAUUGUUUUGUUUUGUUUGCAAGAGCACUAUCAAUCACUUGGGCAGAGAAUCCAAUUUACUGGAAAUGGAUACCGCAAAAUGAUGAAGGGCUGCCUGAGGUAGUUGAACUGAAGAAAGUUUGUUGGCUAGGAGUGCAUGGAAAAUUUGACACUAGAAAGCUUUCACCAGGAAUUUUAUAUCAAGUUAGAUUUAUUGUAAUGUUGAAAGAUCCGGCUCAGGGUUGGGAACGUCCGAUAAAUAUGAGACUAGUUCUUCCAGGAGGAAAGAAGCAGCAACGCAAGGUGAAUUUAAUGGAGAUGUUAAGGGGAAGCUGGACGGCGGUUCUGGUAGGUGAGUUUGUAGCAGGUGAGAAAGAUGGUGGUGAGAUGGAGAUAUCUUUGUUUGAAUAUGAUGGUGGUACGUGGAAGCAGGGGCUUGUCAUCAGAGGCAUUGGAAUCAAACCAAAAGAAUGAGGAAUAUAUAGUUAUGUGGGGGCUUGUCAUCAAAGGCAGUGCAAUCAAACCAAAAGAAUGAGGAAUAUAUAGUUAUGUAAUGUGGCAAUAAAGCUUAGUUUCUUUUGUAAUAAAUAAAACAGACAAAUCACCAUGAAUAGUCCUUUGGAUUGUUCAUAAUAUUAUGCAUACUAUACUGCAGUGUGUCAUUGUCAGAGGAGGGGUGAUGGCUCUAUGUUUGACACACAUGGGACAUUUGUCUCUGGCAAUGUUUUACAUAAGCUGCCCCAACUAGUAUCAUAUAUUUUUAGUGUUGCUCUAUAUAUUUCUGUUGAGUGUCUAAA